AUGAACAAUGUGCGGACCAGAUGCAAGUCUUUGGACGCAGGGGAGGGCGGUGACAGUACCGUAUCUACCUCGCGAAAUGCGAAGCGUGAUCACGAGGGCGUAUCAAUCGAGCCCAAACCCAAGCGAACCCAACGAGGAAAAUAUGCCUUGAGAGCAUGUGGGCAGUGUAAACGGCGAAAAAUCAAGUGCGAUGGCAAUACUCCAUGCAAAUAUUGUGUCAGAAGAGACUGUGAAUGUCAGCGCGAAGGGACCGAUAUGAGAGGUAAAUGGCGGCAGCCUGACAUAACUUCUCUACACAGGAGGUUUGACACGACCAAUCUAGUCUUUUCGGAUCCAAGCAAAACAACUGCUGAUUCUGAAUCUAGGGCAAAGAACCCAAACUCUCGAAUGGAUCAGGUUGAUGGACAGUUGCGUAAUUUGGGAUCAUCAUCCAUAUUGCAAACUACGAGACACCAAAACCAAGAGCAUCUCCCAGAUGAGACUGCAACAGGUAGCAAGCGGCCUCUCCAGAAUUCUACUACUUCGCCUACAGUGGCAACAUUCUCCGGAGAGACCUCUUUAACACAUCAUUUGACAGUCGUUGAGGGACGACUUGAGCAGAUGGGCGUAAGGUACACAGGCGUGCGAUCUACGUCCCCCAAUCAACCCUUCGCUUCUCGAUUAACUCCAUCUCCGGGCGAGUCAUCCGACUUCAAACCCUUAGAUCAUACUCAAGGCUACAUGUACCAGCUUCUUGAUCCCCAUGGUGUAGUUCCAGAUCGAAAACAAUGGGACCAGCUCAUGCACACAUUUUGCGAUGAGGUGCAUGUUUUGGUUCCCUUCUUGCAUUUACCUUCACUAUGGGAAACCUACUCGAAACUGUGGGAAAACUCCGGUGCCUCCAAAUUGAGUCCUUAUCAUCGACAUGCUGAGUCGCGCUUCACCAUGGCACACAUUCUCCUGUGCUUGGCGAAUGGGAAAUGCGUGAGAUCCUCGCACGUGAAAGGUCCCAAGAAAGAUUAUUCCGCCGGUUGGAGCUUUUACAGAGCCGCCAGAGACAUAUUUGGUGAUCUUCUCGAUGCCUUCAGCGAGUGUUCAAAUCAAAUACUCCUGCUUCAGACUAUAUUACUAAUGGUUGUCUACCUUUUCCGUAUUGACGCACACGGUUCCGCCGAAAAGCUUUUGGCCCUUUCAAUAUCACAUUCACAUUAUAUUGGAAUUCAACGAUACCAAGUGGUGGAGAAACUGGACAUUUUUGAAAGCGAAAUGGCUCGACGUUUCUGGUGGUGCGUCUACCUUAUGGAUAGACGACUAGCUAUUGAAACAGGCCGCCCGUUCCUAAUCCAGGAUGUGAAUGUUGACAUUGGCCUUCCGCGAACUGUGAGUGAUGAGUGGCUCAGCAGCUGUCGAGGAACUUCUCACCUCAUACGCGCCGAUGAUGGAGCCAUUGAAAGGUCACAUACAACAGUUCCAUAUCUGAUUGCUAUGACUAGCUAUUCGAAAGUUAUUGGCAAAGUAUGGGAAGCCUUAUAUGGUGCAUCUACGGCCCACUCCUCACCAAGCUUAUUUCUUAACGAAUACCUGGAGCUUCUGAUCAUGCAGUCUCAAAAAGACCUUCAACCAGAAUUUUCAUACGACCCUCGACAACCAGGAUGCUUCAGUUCAAAUGGAUUGGCCUGGUGGCAAAUCAAGCAGCAACUCAUCAUGCGAACUCGAUGGGCUUCUCUUUAUCUUCUUAUAAGGAAGCCAAUGCUACAGCAAAUUGGCUCGUCGCAUUCACUCGAAGCAAGCGAGAAUGAAGUCAUCUGUAUGCGUUUGGUCCGAGGAAUCAUUGAUGAUUUCCAAAAUGUACCUGAAGACCAUAACCCCAAGUACACAUUUCCGUUUUUGCACUACCUUGCUAGUGCAACUAUCAUCGCCCUUGGCCUCAUAAUGAAACAACCUUCAUUCAGACAGAACUACGGGGAAAUGACGUUGGAAACUGCGAGGUCCUUGAAAAUUCACUGUCAUAAAACCUGGGUUUCAGGCAAAAUGGCUCGAGCAGUCUGGAAGUUAAACCGAAUGGCCGAGGCCACUCUGAACCCAAGUUUUUGCUCACCCGAAGACCAAGAUGACAAUCACAGAAUGCCUUCGUCACAUUUAUCUUCUCAAUCUUAUCAAAGCCUAGGCAGUCUUGAACAUACUCGGGAUUACUCUGCGCCAUCAGAGCAGCCGGUAUUAAGAACACCGAACGCAGAGAUGGAAAUACCUGCUUCUCAUCGAGGGACGUCGCAACUUGAAAUUGGCGGUCAAUCAUUACCAGGGCUACUGGUGUAUCCAAAUCUUAGUGAGGGGAGUUCUAAACCCACACAGCCACUAGACCUGGAACUUGAUGAUGUGACGACCAACAACUUUGAUGUUGAGGAGAAUCAGAAAGCCCUGCAUGCUUCUAGUGGUUUCCAGCGUGCAGUUUCCUCGAACGAGGGUGAUACAGCACAAGGAUUCCGAAAAGGCGAGACGGAUCAAUUUCACACGCACAAUAUGGAUCUCGCUUUUCAGGCGAAAGGACCGAACGCAGUGACGGGGCUGUAUGCGCAAGAACUCGAACCCUUCGUACCGGAUCCAAGUGUCUGGCUACCUGGAGAAAUGAUAGAUGGUGGGAUGGAGUGGCUACAGACAUUGUUCGCAAAUGAUCCAGAUACACACAUUUCGUUUGAUUGCACAUAG